ACCGCACAAGCCUGAAUGGUUGUUGAGUUAUGAUGGUGAAAAGCGUUCAAUUUGGCAGAUUCUGCCAGAUUCUUCAUAUCGUUCUUGUUCUUGCAGACUGUCACUCCGGGACUGGAGCUGUUCUGGAUGGGGUCAGUUCAAAUGUUUCAUGUGAAAGUGAAAAUGAUGGAGUGCUGCUUCAGAAGGCAAGAGUGAAAGAUGUGAAAGAUGCAAUUCAGACAGAGGUGUCAGAGCAACCGGCAGACACAGCGGACACGGCGCUGGUCAUGCCACAGCUCGACCAGCUGGACCAGCUUGACGCGCCCAGUGCGAAGUCAUUGGGUCCGAGGACGGGAGAGUCCUCGUCGGGCUCGGCCGAAAUCGGAAAGUCACACAAAAUGGAAGGAUUGGAAAGCGAUUCCAGCAAUUCCAAGAGUGACAGUUUCCUCCAAAUUUCCCAGUUCCAUGGACAUGGACGUGCUGGACACGGUGGAAUGCAUCAUGCAGGCCACUCAGUCCACACUGCUCAUUUCAUGAAGGCGCACAAAGUGCACCACGACCAGGAACCUCCACCAACGCACCGCAAGCACAUGGAGCACCGUCAGCACCACGGGCACGGAAGUGACCUUGAAAGCCUCACGGGCACAGGUCGCACAGGUCACAGUGCAUUCAGUGCAAGUCCUCAAAUCCUUCAGUCGCUUGAGGCUUUGGAGUCGGGGUCUCCUUCCCUCACCUUGCAGAAUGCGGCCAAGCCGGACAAGCCGGGCAAGCCGGGCAAGCUGAGCAACCUUCAAAAUGUUUUCUUCAACGAUCAUCAGCAUAUGGGCCUUCCACAGUGGUUUGAGAAGAAAAAAGCCACUGCCCGGAGUUUGAUGUUUGAAAAAUGUCCAACUCAACGGAACCGCCCAACAUUAUCUGCUGUGGCUAUAUCCAAUACCACUGAAGGAUCCUCUGUCAAAGUAUCUUGCAACAGCGGCCAACUAGUGGGCUAUUGGAGUGGAUCGGAUUUUAUCAGCCGCUGCUGCGAGGAAGAUUACUGUGUUGGUUGCGCAAUCUGGGACACUGUGAAUGGUACUUGUGAGCAGUGCAUGUCUGGCUAUGCGAGAAAGGAAAUUGGCAACAGGACGGAAUGUAUCAUUUGUGAUGAUGACAGGGCUUGGCAGGAUGAAAAUGGGAAGACAUGCUAUGACUUCGAAAACGAAGGCCUUUGCAAAAAUGGCAUUCCUCCUGGAGACAACAAGCCAUUCCAAUCUCUCAGGCCCAGCGAAGCCUGCUGUGCUUGUGGUGGUGGGGAGAUUUCGCCAACACCUGUCAAGAUGCCCUUGAACACCCUUGCGAUCCACACCAACCAGGAUGUGAACUCAACCCCAGCUGCCUACAUGGGCUGGUUCUACAAGACUAAUCAGGAUUGCAACCUCACUGGCCUGGGCCUGGCGUUCAAUGGCACCACAGGGAACAUCUUCGGCAGGACACCGGUCUACGAUGAAGACGACCCGCUUUUGUCGACCGAGUGCGAGGUUCGGAUCUUCCAGGAUGUUCUUCGGGGCGUUGCCACCACAGCACCUUUGGAGAUUGAAGUGUCCGGGAUGACGUACGGAUUGAAGAAAUUGAUUUUUUCAAUGGUGGAUGGAGAUCCAGAACCCAUCGGCCAAAAAUCGUUCGAUCUCCAAGUGGAUGGGAGCCUGGCCUUUGAAAGCUUCUCCGUGGCAUGCAUACCUUUAGUGCCAUGGAUCAGUCUUAAUCAAACGACUGGUAAGCUGACGUAUGUCGGAGAUGUUGGCAAAACUGGAGGUUUGAAUGCUUUAAACCAGGAGGUUCAGGAUGUGGCCGAUGAGAAAGUGUAUGGCGACAGUGGCAAAUGCUCUUUGACCGGCAAAUUGGUCCAACCGGCACAGUCUCAAUCCGGUCCUUUUGGAAUCAUAUCUCAGAGUAUCAACACCAGACCGGAGGCACCUCAGCAGGUCGUGGCAGACUUCAUUGUUCAAAGAGUUUGGGCUUGGAGUGGCAUGAAAUAUGAUCAGGAAGAAAUCGUCAUCAAGAAAAAUGAAGACAUUUCUCCUAUCGCCUUGAACAGACGUCCUCCAGAUGGUUUCUCAGUUUUUACAAAGAUCAAUGAUGAUGAUGAGGAGGAGGUGUGGUACAAAAAAGACACCGAGCAGUAUGUGAAGAUCCCUCCGGCAAAGCGCCCAGAAAUUUUGGAUGUGAGAUGCGAGGGCGCCGAUGGCUUCAAAUGGUCUCGAAUCACCGGAGUUGUGUCGUUGCAAGGUCAAACGGCCUUCUUUGUGAGCCCGCAAACCGGACAGAUUUUUGGAACUCCUGAAAUGGAAAUUCCUCAAAGACUUGGUUUGCCUUACCUCAAUGUGACCUGCCACAUUGCUGCCACUGCCGAUGAGUAUGAUACCGUUUUGACCACUUCGUUUUCGAUGAGGAUUGAAGAUGACACAUGUUUCUUCUCCAAGAGGUGGUCAAGGCCGUUGUUGGCCAAAAAACGAGAGGAUGCGAACACCACAGAAGACUGCCAGGUGGCUUGCCGAAAGAAAGAUGACUGUGCCGCCUAUACCAUAGAGAAUGAUACUUGCUGGUUGGAAACCAGCAAUUCCUCGUUUGACGACGAUCUUGAAAUUCUUCGUGAACCAGGCCCCAAAUUCAUCAAUGUCAGAGCAGUGUGUGACCAACAAACCGCAUGUGUGGACUUGGUGGACUCCAAUGAUGUGAGAUUCUUGGAGGGUGAAUAUUGUCCCAAAGGUCGCAAAUACCCACGCACAACCUGCUCGCAGUCCGUUGGAUCCAGCGGGAGCUUGCCGUGUGGUGGGGCGAAUCAAACAGACUCCGAGCUUGCAUUUGUCAUGUACACCUUAGAUCCAAUUUUCUCUCGGUUCGAAGGAGACUUUCUCAGUGAACAAGCACCGCACUGGUUGCGAGUGCGCUUCACUGGAAGUGAAUGGCAAUAUGCUGCAGUGACAGGUUGGAAAAGCUUUACCCCAGAGACCAGCGAUGUAUUGGUGGCAAAAAUGCAAAACAAUGUCCUCACCCUCUUUGAGGCAGAGAACAGCUGGUAUGAAGGAAUUCACAAAGGCUAUGCAGCAGCAGAUGAAACGUUCAACAUCACCAUGACAAGCACGUGUGACAUCACAGUGACGGGUGCUCUCAUCACAGUAUGGAAUUGCAACCAAAGGCCAUCAAUCGUCUAUGCUCGGGAAGGUGUGACUUUGGAAGACGAGUUUUUCAUGUCCAAAGAAGCUUGUCCUUUGACCGGCCGCUACGGAGAAUGGACAGUUCGUCGUUACAACAAGACCGACUUCAUCAACGUUGAGACCGGUGACGUGGAGCUGCGGGGCGAGGUCCUUGCAUGCUUUGCCGAAGACUUCAUUCGCGGGGCCUUCCUUAGUGGACGAGACAGUACAACGGUUUGGGUAAAGGAAACCCUCACGGAAGAAGAGAAAUACGCGGAGGACAAGGAGAAGAACGAGAACAACUCGUUGUACAUGUUUGCAUCGCUGGUGGCUCAGGAAUGUCCAGUGCCUUUCUCGCAAGAAACCGAGGAUCAGGACGCCAAACAGCAAGAGGACAACGAAGAGCAACCACCAGAUCCGAAGUACUUGGUUGGAAAACUGGAGGAUCCUGGUUUCUACAGUUUGGAAGCCUGUGAAUGCUUUGGUCGGGACCAUCGUGAUGUGGAGCCAGUGACAGAGGAUGCAGCUGGCCUCGUGCCAGAUGCGCCAACUUCCAGCUACAACCAUUUUGGUCCGCCUCCAGUGUUGCUCUUUGAAGGUCCAUAUGUGUGCGAUGCUGAUGCUCACAUCACCGAGGGCAACAAGCAGGACCUUGAUGAGGAUGGUUGUAGAUCGGCAUGUUUGGCUACCCAAGAAUGCAAGUUCUUUCUUCACACUUCCCAGCUCAAGCAAUGCGAGCUUUUGAAGAAGUGCGAAAGAAUCGGUGCCACAGGUCUUGAUAUUAUGCACAAACUUUAUGGAGUCCUGCGAUCAUCUGACUUUGUGCCAACACCUGGUGAGUACUGCGUCAUUGCCGACCCUGAGGCUUGUUGGACACAGAAGUACCGGAGAGAGCUAGUGGAAUCCCGUUUGGCCGUUGAUGAAGGUGAUCCCAAUGUUUGCGCCUUCGCGUCGAUCUUGGGCCAAUGUGAUGCUCUUCACAUGCUCCAGACCGAGCGUCAGGGCGAUUGCUCCAGGUGCACCUACUUCAGCAUGGAAUCCGAGGCUGCGCGAGGAAGGCGCAAGCUCCCAAUGCCUGAAACAUUCCCAGCAGCAACACAGAUCUCAGUCUCUUGCAGAUCAACAGCCAGGCUAUUGAGCGUCACGACUCGAGAGAUUGUCCCAAGUGGUGUGUUGAGUUGCGUGGACGGAGCAUGGAGAAAUCCGGGGGGCGACGUUGGCUUGUCCAAGUGGAAAUGUGUGGAUUGCGUGCAAAUCUCGCAGGAAGGUUACACAGCCAGGCUGGAGCGAUCAAUGCCGGAGGUUUAUUUCAUUGAGAGACGGAAAAUUCAAUACCACUACGGGUACUUCAGCUCUGGAUGCUUCGUAGCUUCAGAAGGCACGGCAUCACCUUUGCGCAACGAAGAGUCCGAGACCUGCCUGUACAUCGAAGCUGGGACGCUGGUGAAUAGCAAGGCAUGCACAGACCAGUGGUACUUGGACCAGGGGGGUCGCAUGGUCUCAGCAGGGCCAAACAUGCUUUGCUUCGAGGUGGCUCAAAAUCUACACGGUUUCACGGACAACCGGUGGUACCUGGACCUUGUGAGUUGCAGCCAACAGGAUAAUGAUCCUGUCAGCAAACAGAUUUUCCACAUCAACAACCUGGGCCAUUUGCGCAACGCCAAGUUAGAUGCGGAGAACUUGAAUGUGUGCCUGAAGAUCCCAGACAAUACUACUGAACCAUAUCCGGUCUUUGUAGACUGUGGCGACUCAUUCUUCUUCAGGGCAGAGAUUGCCUGGUACUUUGAUGGAGGUGACUGUCAAUUCAACCAGUAUGUCAGGAACAUGUAUUCUCCUCUUCAGUGGAAUUUUGUUCUCACUGGAGAUGUUUACCUUGGAAGUGAGACGGAUUCCAGAUUGGAAACAAGUUUGGAGGAAGCCAAGCAAUCUUUGAGUCCUUUGGCUUCUGGCAGUUGCUUGGUCUCUUUCUCAUCUGCUCUGCAGUCAAUCAAUAACAACCAGCCUGCUCCAGCUGAGAACAUCCAGCGCCAGUUCAACUUGAACAGCCUGGAAACUGGCAGUCAGCUGCAGGAGUGGUACAAUGCUGCUUUCCACGUGGGCACCAGCACCUCCACGGCAUUCAAAUGCGCAGUGGGUGGCGAAGGAGGAAUCAAGCGCUUGCUCAACAUUUUGAAGCGGAGAAAUGAGAAGAUUGACGAGAAGCAAAAGCUGAUCGAUGGAUGCACAGUUGUGAAUAAGGAAUCCUCUGAUACAGCCAAUGCAGGUUUGACUCGGACAGAAUACAAAGAAGAUGAUUUUACUUUGGGAAACUUCAGAAACGUCAUUACAAGCUUGUAUUCUGAACACGAAUCGAGAGAUCGACGGUGGGCACUCACAACUUCAGAUAUUUCAGCACGCGACCAACAGGACGGAGUCAGCCUUGCCGACUGUGGUUGCACUGAUUUCAUUUUGGGGCGGCUAGCGUGCAUCGUUUUGGGAGGUUCGACCAAUUGCGAGGUUCCCAAAUCCCAACAGAGCGACUACGAUGAAGUGUUUACCUUGGAGUGCCAAGCUGGCUGGGCUGUGUCCUUUCUUCAAGGCCUCGACUACGACAAUGGAAAGGGAGAUAGACUCUUUCAAGGUGGUUGCACAAAAAUUGAAGGCCUGAAGUCGGGCCAAAAGGAAGGCACACGUGAGUGGUCCGAAUAUCAGAACGAAUUCGACCAGUCGGAGUUUACCUGGGGUGCAACUGCAAAAGGACAAUUCCUGGUGGGAAUCAGUUCCUACCACAACAACAAGAAGGAGGACCGCAGGUGGCGCUUCCAAACGGUGAGCUUUUGCAGAGACCGCCAGGAUGACAUUGAUCAGCUGACGAGAGAAAUUGAGUCAUUGGAACAGCAGAUUGAGGACCUCUCUGCACAGUCAACCUCAUGUGCCACUGAGAUGCCCUUUGCAGUGGAGGAUGUGCGAAAUCUUCGUGUGGAUUUUGAUGACGCCAACGCAGAUGUUACGACCAAAGCCAGUACGAAUUGCAGGAUCUUGCAUCGCGGGGAACCAGCAGCAGCAGACAAUCAAGAACCCUACAUGCUCACUGCGCAACAGAUGGCGGGCUUGGUUCGGAAUUCGCGAUAUCACAUUGUCUCCUCCAGCGAGUACAGCAAGGAUCCCUUCAACCUCCUCACGGACACGCCACAGACCGCUGCAGACAUCGGUUGGUUUUCCGAAAUCGAUGCGGGCGCAGCGCUGUGGGGCAUUGGAUGCUCACCCGGAGCUGUGGUGGCCGUCCACGACCGGGUGUCAUCAGCUCAUUGCGUUCAAGUAAAUGCAAGGGAGGGAGAGGAUGUGGUUGUGAACGACAAGUUGCCUGCUUCUGCAAGUUGCGAAGUAGGUCAGGCCGUGGGCGGCUGGUACAACCUUCGUGGCGAAAGCCAGGUUUAUCGAACAAGUGUCAAUUCUGGCGGUCCAUCAGAAGAUGAGGCGUCUCGGUUCAAGCUCACUUGUCGCUACGUCCCUGGCCUUUCAAGGCUUUGUGAGACGAAAGAUGGUAGGUGCGAACAAGAUGAAGUGGUUUCCGGAUUGGAAUAUGAAAACGCAUCGUAUAUCAGAUACCGGUGCUGCAAGAUGCCCCGCACGAUUGGCCAGAUCUUUGCUGAUGACAGAUUGGAGGACGUGAAGGUCUGGGAAGGUUACUACUGUCCAGAGUCCUUGGAUUUGACUGGGCGCCCACGCUACACUUUGGACAGGUAUUUCGGCCCAGAUCAACUGUUCGCCCAGCCGGCCAGCGACGACGAAACCACGAAUACCACGAAUACGACGAAUUCAACGUUGCUGCAGAUGUCGUUGCUUGAGAGUCAGGGCGCCUUGCAAACAGAUCCCAACACGACCACGAAUACCACGAAUACCACCACCACCACCACCACCACCACCACGACCACGACUACCACGACUACCACUCCAAGUACCCCUCAGGCAGUGACAUAGACACAUCAUCUC